CACAUAGUACUUUAUUUCCACUCUGGACUAGCCCCUACCAGCAUUACAUUAGAUUUAUGGCAACACACUCAAUCCAAUACAUAAAUCAUACAAUCAUAUGGAAAAUCAUUUAGGCAACCACGUGACACAAUAAAAUAAUACAUAUGCAAAGGAGGGGAAGUUAAGAGAACACAAACAAUAGAAAUUAUAUAAUUAUGUCUUCAUUGCCAUCAUAGUUAUUCAAAACACAUCAGUGACUAGGAACAUACAACCAAUAGAUGGUGCUGUCCCACACAAUGUUCCUGUGGAUGGUUGGGAUUCCAUUAAAGUGUUCAACAAACAGAUGGCUCUUUACCACAGAAUGUCCAAUAAACAAUAUAACAAAUAAACAAUAUAACAAUGCAUAAUAUGUAAAACUUAAUUAUUUUUCCCUGAGGAAUUUCAUGCUAUAUGAAUGAAACGCGUAGAGCAGUGUGCAGUGUAUGAGAGCUCUCUUUUUUAUAUAUAUUUUUUAUUAUUUUGUGCCUUAAGAAGAGUUUUUCUUUAACCCUGGAACACAUGGCUGGGACUCUCGUUCUUCUUGCCACAAGUAUCAGUUUUGAUGUGCCUGAUUUCUGAUUUUAUUGGUAAGUGCAAUCUGUUAUUAAUAUUUUCACUGUGAUUGGAAGCUCUGCACCAUCAUUUAUUUUCCUUUCAUUCCUUAUGUACUGAACUUGUCACAAAGAAAGUCUUCAGUUAUACUGAUAUGCCUUUAAUGAAUUUGGGUUUGUGGGUGAAUUUCACUACAUUACACCUAUUUUGAAGACUUGGAGAAGUCAUUAUCUACAUACUUACAGUGAAUAGGGAUAAUCUAUUUGCUUGAUAUAUCACCCUCACUAAGUGUUUUUUUCCCACCAAUUUAGAGGUGUUUCUGUUACUUUUUGUAUAAUAUGUAAAUUGACUGCUACCAUCACAAUGUCCAAAUCUGAAAUCCAGGGUCUUACCAUAACAGCAGCUUUGUGUGCCCAGCUAAUGCAAUCAUUCGUUUUUCAAUGGAAAAAUCAAGUCUAAAGUGUCUAGGACAGAGGUAGGCAAACGUUGGCAUUCCAGAUGUUGGACAAUGGUGUCCCAUGAUUCUUUGCCAGCACUGCUGCUCUAAGAGCUUUAUGGGAGAUUUAGUCUGUAACACCUGGAAUACCAAAGGUGGCCUACCCCUGACCUAGGAGUUCACCUAACAGUAUCCACUAGGGAACUGUACUCCCAUAAUCCCCCCCAUUGUAGCAAACCAUUAAGAGUGAUAUACAGCGCUGGACCCUUCUUCAUUACAUGGCUGGGCAGUAUUAAUAGAAAUGAACAUUAUUCCACCUCUUUUAUAUUUAUUUCAUACACUACCAAUAUAUAGUUCAUUGUACUUUGCUUAACUUGUCGAUUCUUACCCAAUUCACCAAUUAAGCCUCUACUAAAAUUUUAUACACUUACCUCACCAAGUAGAGAUGGGGGACUUGCGAUGCCUGACCCUUACAACUACUACCAGCCCUACAUCUUCUGCAUCUUUUGGAAUGUGCACCCAAAUUAUGGACAACAUUGGGAAAGCUAGAGGUGAAAUGCCACCUCUCUUCCCUGCUUUGGCUACCUCCCUGGUUUCAUUAUCAAAUAUUAAUGGAGAAUUCAAUUUCCUCGUCCACAAACUCCAUUUGAAAAUAGAAUCCUACAACUCUAGGCCAAUCUCCAACAGCAUUUGGCAGAUUUACUUAUUGUUUAAAAUGAACACAGUUUCCAGCCUCCCACAAUUGGAGGAAGAUAUUAAUCUCAUAUUUCCAACUACCAGUGGCAAAAAUGUGCUUCCUCGUGCAAUACUGUUCAAUCUCCUCACGCACUCAAAAAAUGGCCUAUAUAGUGCAGACUCUGUGGUAUGUUCCAAACUAAAGAAGCCUGUGUAGGCGUUGUCAGCAGCACCACCACAUGCUUUCAUGAGUGGUCUUAUUGCUCUUAGAUCACAAUGUUUUGGUCACAGACAUGCAAUUAUUUCCUCUGUUGUCUUUGACCCCCUCAGUCACUUGGUUGCUGCAAUAACACGGUUACAAUAUAUUUCACACAGACACAAUUGCCAGAGCAUGCAUUCUUACCCUACAAUCGUGUAUACACAAUUUGCAUAAUUGCUAAUUAAAUUUGUUUACGGCAAACUUUAUUAUUCAUUUUAAAGUAUCAACAAAUUCCGUAGCCCUGUACAAUAGGUGGACUAACAGACAUGUAUUUGCAACAAGAGGAGCUGGGCGCACAGGAACAGAGGGUGUUGAGGGCCCUACCCUUACUUUCUAGAUUGCAAAUUAUUCCUUUAUUAAAGUUCCUGAAAGGAACACUAUAGUCACCUAAAUUACUUUAGCGAAAUAAAGCAGUUUUAGUGUAUAG